UUCUAUAAGAGGCACUGGCGGCUGGCGAGGCGCGGGUGCGGGGGCUGCGGCCGCUUCGUGUGCGUUCUUGACGUCCAUCCUCCCCCGCGCAGGGGCGGCCGGCCUAACCCGAGGACCGACUGCAGCAGACCGCCGGGGGGCGGGGGAUGCCGGGCUGCCGCAUUAGCGCCUGCGGCCCGGGGGCCCAGGAAGGGGCAGCGGAACCUGGGUCGCCGCCGCCGCCCCCGCCCCGGGAGCCCCUGCCAUCCCCUCAGCCCCCGCCCCCAACUCCGACCUUGACCCCGGCACCAACGCAGGCCUCGUCGCUGCCAGAGGGGACCCCGGCGUCGGAGGGCUUGGCCGAGGGGCAGGAGGUGCAGCGCUGGCGUCAGGGCGCUGACGGGGGUGCGGGGGCCACCGGGCCGGCAGGGGGCGCGGGCGGCGGCCCGGGUGCGGCGGGGUCCGGGGGGCGCGCCCUGGAGCUGGCCGAAGCGCGGCGGCGACUGCUGGAGGUGGAGGGCCGCCGGCGCCUGGUGUCGGAGCUGGAGAGCCGCGUGCUUCAGCUGCACCGCGUCUUCCUGGCGGCCGAGCUGCGCCUGGCGCACCGGGCCGAAAGCCUGAGCCGCCUGGGCGGCGGCGUGGCGCAGUCCGAGCUCUACCUGGCGGCGCACGGGUCGCGUCUCAAGAAGGGCCCGCGCCGGGGCCGCCGCGGCCGCCCGCCCGCGCUGCUCGCCUCGGCGCUGGGUCUGGGUAGCUGCGUGCCCUGGGGCGCCGGACGCCUGCGGCGGGGCCGCGGCCCGGAGCCGGAUUCGCCCUUCCGCCGAAGCCCGCCCCGCGGCCCCGCCUCGCCCCAGCGCUGACCUCAGCGCCGCGACCCCUGGCCACCCGACAGGCCGUUGCCGAGGCGCGGAUGGAGGACUGCGGACCGCGUCACUGACGCGGAUGGAUGGACUGGUCGGUCACAGGAGGAGACGGUCGGGCGGCCGGGGGACCAGUAAAGGAGGCUGAGCCCUGGGGACUGGACCUGUGCAUUGAGGACAUUAUGGCUACCAGUGAAUCUGCGAUCUCAACAAAGGGAAAUGAGGGAGGGAGGAGCCUUUCUUCAGGUUAAUGCCUGGGGCUGGGGAACCAGUUCAGAGUUCUAGUCUGGAACCGGGUCUCCCCUGGGUAAGCCACUUCCCUCUCUUGGCUGGCCCUAGCCAAGUGAAGGCAUCUCUGGGUGGUGCCACCAGAGGGCAGUGUGGGGCUGCUUCCCUGGGUACCUGGGCGUAGCCUGGUGCAGCUAGACUCCCAGUGUCCCCGCCCCUAACCAGCCUCCUGAUUGGCAGAAGAGGGGUUAGGGGAGGUCACUUAGAGAAGAGGCUCAAAGGAAGCCUUCUGGUUGGGCCAGUCCCAUCAGGAAAGACUUUCCAGGAAAGAGGCUGCCCCUGUUGAUGAUCACCAGGACUCACUUUGCUUCUCACAGAUUCGUUACACUGAAAACUCAACAGACAUUGAUGAACACCCUCUCCCACUGCCACCUGGGGACCAAGGUGGCUUCCUAAAGAUGAGGCUAUGCCACAGUUCUUGGCUCAGGUGCUCCAAGCCUGCAAAUGGGUGUCUCCAAGAGGCUCCUCCCUGACAGCAGCUCUGGAGAAAACUGGGGGCCCCGGCUUCUCAGGGCUGGAGAGGUCUUUAGAGCCAGCAGGGAAGGGGGUGUUUGGGAAAGCUGGGAGGCCCCUAGCCUAUUUCUUCCCCCAUUAGUGCUGACCAGCUGCACCAUAGCCAGGAGUUAUGGGAGAAGGAAUCCUUGGUUCUGGAAUAAUACAUUACCCGCCUCCUCUAUGUGGCACUGUGCUAAGCACUUUACACCCACUAUCCAUUUCAAUCCUCCUAACUAUUCUGCAACGUAGGGGUUAUUCCCAUUUCCACAGGUGACUUGCGCAAGGUCAUAGAACCUGUAUGCGGGAGAUCCCUUAACAUCGGGCUAUGUGACUUCAUUUAUCAGAUGAGUGUGGGUGGAUUCUGGGCUCUCACCUUUAUGUCUGGGUCCAGUGAUCCCUGGUUCUGGGAGAGAUGUAAUAAGAUGCUGGAGGGGUAGCAGAAAGUGCCCCUCCCCAAGGUCUGGGCACACCCCCAGAGGCUGGCUCCCCAGCCUGGUUGUCUGGGUUCUGGGGGAAGGGAUAGGGGUGAGUUAGGCUGAGUCAGCACACCUGGCUUCAGGCAAAGGCAGCCCAACUAUGCUGAGGGCCUGUGCUUGCUUUGGACGGCUUCUUCCUUCCACACCUGGGCUAGGAUGUUUGGUGCCAAGGAGAGCAAAGAUCCUGGGAUGGCAGAGGAGGAGGAUGACAGGCUCCAUAGUGGGGCAGAAAGUACCCCAGGCUUGGAACAAGACAGACCUGGGAUUCUGUCCUGGCCUGGAACUUCUCCUCUGGGAGACCUUAGGCAAAUAAUUUACCUUCUCCCUGAACCAUUUUCUGUGUGUGUGUGUGUGUGUGUGUGUGUGUGUGUGUGUGUGUGUGUUGGGCAGCUAGGGAGGAGAUAGCUUCUGAGUAUGAAAUGAGUGGCCACACUAAGUGCCUAGCACAUAGUGGAGCUCUGUACACAUGUAAUGGAGCAGAUCUGCCCAGCUUAGGAGAAGCUGCCAGGACAUAGCCCCCAGCAGUGUGGGCCUUUGCUUCUCCAGAGCAUCACCAUAUGAGGAAUCCCUGGAACCUCCCCGUCUCUCCACCAUGGGCCCUGGGGAACUCCAUAAGGGGAGAGAUGGAGGAAGGGGCAGGCUUUUCAUCCCAGGAACAUUCCAUUCUAGCUGCUCAGACCAGUGGGGAUCCCAGCCAAGGACAAAGGCUCAAGGGAACCUCUGCUUACCCAAGGAGCCCCCACUCCUUCCAGGACAGGAGUCAAUGGAGCCCAGUUCCAUAAUAUUACCCCAGCACCUUCUCUCCAUAAUGGCCCCUCUUAAGGAGGUAGAUGAAGGUUUUGGGUGGGGCUGG